GGUCGAAAGUGACCGUUUUCGGUGACGGCGUACGCGUGCGUAUUUUAGCACUCAUUUUAUAAUUAUUAUUUUUUCAAACACGAAGCGAGAAAAAAACAAUAGUUUUGGGAAGAUCCCGACUAUGACUAACUGUUGCACCCGCGAGUUUUGGCAAACCUGGACGUGUCCGGUUAUAAAUAGACCACUUGCGGAAUCACGAAAACUCCACCUUUUCCACCUUACGUAAGUCGCAUUUUCGCAAAAUUUUCCGGAAACGAUUUGUCGGAAACGUGAACGACAAGACUGAAGUAAAUUUAGACGAUGCGAGUGUCUCCACGAUCGACUGAUUUAGAAAAUCGUCCAAGGAUUGAAAUACGUCCAGAGUUACAACUUUUUAUUGAAAAAACCUACGAUUGUUAAACCUACGCGGUAUUUAUGACCGUGGACUUUUACAGACAUUGCGUACUGGGAAAACAUAAUUGGAAAUAAAAACAGGUGAAAUCGAAAAAUAAAUGCCACACAUUUUACUCGUUUAUUCAACACUCUCUUGAAUACAAAUUUUAUCAAAAUUAGGUCAACAUGAAAUAAUUUUCUCUAACAUUACUUUAACUGGAAAUUCAAAUAUAGUUAUAGUUCAGUAAAACUAAAAAGUCAAUUCCGGAACUUCCCCUACAAUUCAAAAACGAAUCUCAAAUCAACUUCAAAUUAAAUAAAUUCCUUUAUACAAGCAAUUCUAACGCACUGGAUGCCAACUUCUCAUAAAUUUACUAACACCUGGACUUCAACAACCCUCUCUCAACUCCCGCAAUUCCGGUCUUACACAUGCUUAAAAUCUUUUCCACAUCUUCCAUGUUUUCCACUACUAUUAAUUAAUUAAUUAAUAAUCAAUAACAAACGCCCGAAAUUUCACUAAAAAAAUUUCAAUUAAAAAAGAUGACAUGCCUAAACAUUUCAAAACGAAAUACUCUUACUUUUAAUCCACUGUUAUUACGAUAUAAUUGAAAAAGAAAACACCUUUUCACUCAUUUAUUCGGUAUUUUCAUCACUGUAGUCCAAGAUUGGUUCAUCACAAUUGAAUUUUUCCCUAACAAUCCUCAAAACGGACUUUUGGAUCAACUCAACGUCCUCACUCGGUGUAUAAUCAUCCUCUGUUGACCGUGACACAGUCACAAUCACUGGAGGUGUCUUCAAUCCUUCUAAAACUCCCCGAAAACGCUCAAACAUAACUCCCAAUUCUUCACAACUUGACACAUGAUGAGGCAGCUCCGUAUCAUCACAAGUGCAACCCGCAUCAUGAACCAACUCCCAAUCGAUUUCUUCCUCCGUGUAAAACUUCAACAACUUAUCUCUCAAUUCCCGAACUUCACUCGGAACGUCAUCCGGGAGACACUUCCUUUCUUGCAUGUGCUUGAAAAUCCUUUCCAAAAUUUCAAUCUGCUUUUCCCGCUUUGACAUACAUUCAAAAAUAUCAUCACAGAAUUUCUCAAAUUUAUAAAUCUCUUUCAAUUUGUUGUAAGUACCAGCCUUGUCAUAAAUAUUCUUGAACGGAUUACUCGUACUGAAAAAAUCCAAAUCAAUGUCCAGAAUGUAGGGUCCCUCGACUUCGGUCAAAAGUUUUUGUUCAAAAUUCUCCCCCAGUGUUGCAACCCUCAAAGAAAUUUCUCUAACACCCUCCAAAUCUUCCGUUUUGGCGACCAAACACUCCGAAACGAAAUAAUUCUCUUUACAGUCGACCCGAAUGUGGCCGUUUUUAUUCCUCCCGAUCAAAAAUUUCUGAUCACUGUCUUUAAUCUGAUGAGCCCAUGGCGGCUUGAUCCACCAAAGAGUCUUGAAAUGACCAGCGUAAGCCCCUGGUAACAUCCAAUUUUCGAUACUAAUUUCCUCGAACAGUUUCUCUUUUUCGUACACGAAAUUCUCAGGCAUAUUUUUGGGAAUUAACAUAUCAGGAUGCGAGUCAAAAUGUACCAUUGUGUUACCCUCCAAAGGCAAGAACUUCGCCCCCAUAUUGCGAUAAAUAUGGGGCAAGACUUCAUGAUGAUACUCUACCACAUAAAUCGGAAUUUUUUCACGUUUCCGGCAACCUGUUGACGAAAAAUCACUUUUAAACACUCACACACCACACCAACGUUUCGUUCCGCGUAAAACCGACAUCAUCAGGGCGAAAAUUUCCAAAACUUACCACUCAUUUUUCAAAGUGAAACAAAUCGAAAUCACCGACAAACCGCACUCGUUACCUUUUACAAAUGACAUCAUCUUGACGUCAGUAAUGUACAUAUGUGAGUGUUUAGACACAUACGAUAACAAUAGGGAAGUUACAAGAUUUGUUGGGCGGAAAUAUCAGACGUUCGUGGCAUAAAUGAUUGAUAAAAAAGAGUUCGUUGGACUCAAAUUUUCUCAAAUAAAAUUAAUUUCGAUUUAUCGGUUUGGAAGAGUGUGAAAGUGUGAAUUAACGGUGUCAAGUCGCAGGAAGAGGACACAAACAGCAAAGCUGCAAUUAUGUUGCAUACUUAGCAGGAAUUGCUAAUAAAUCAAAUGUUUAUCGAAAAAAAUCACAAUUACGUAAUUUACUACUUGAAAAUACGAAUGAAUCAAAUUUACGACAUCUAUUAAUACGUCAGGGUCUGUUUUAAAUAAUUUCAAUCGCAGAGUUAAAAAAAAAGGAUGUCUUUAUUAGAGGUAUUAACAGGAAAAAAUAAACAUAUCAAAUUGGUGAUAAAAUUAACAAAGUAUUGAAUAAAUUUUGGAAAAUUCUGACUUUAAUGAGGAAGUACCUAAUCAUAUCAAAUUGAAAAUGAUCUCAUUUAUCUCAUGUGUGUGCUAUUUUAUAACAAAACGCGACUACCAGACCGAGUAACCCCAAUGAUCUUUUUGUUUUGUUGUUUUUACAUCAGAGUCGUUUUAGACAGCCAUUUGGACACUUGCCAUCUUUAUACAGACAAUAGAUAAAAAAAGGGAAAAAAUCUCAAUCGAAAAGAAAAUUUACAGAUUGAUACACCUGUUUACAAGUUAUUUGUUUUUAAAGAGGAAAAAAAUGUAAACAAACGACUUACAUCCGGGGGAAGUCCCAUUUUUGAGUGUGCACUGAUAGGGGUGUAAAGUCCCGGGCACAAUUUUCCCAUACAUCGUACGAUCCAUGAUCGCGUAAAACAAAAACUAAAGCGCCAAAUUCAAACGUCUGUCAAAAGUUCGCACACGGCCAAAUCACGUGGUCUUCGCGACACGACCGAAAACAUGAAGAAAACUCGCGGACAUAUCUAUGAUUAUUUUUAUUUUCCAUUUUAAUUUUAUUUACAAAUGUAUUUUGGCGCGUGCGCGACGUUCAAAUUUAGACUACUGCCCACAAAACGAUACCGGCGCCAAAAAACAAGAGAAACGAAAAAAAGAAGAGAAUUUUACCGGAAAUUUUCGAGAUUAAUCACAUUUUCCGACACUUAUUAACCGGUCCAAUUUUAGCCGGUCAUUAAAGGCUUUAUUUUCGGAGUGCUGUAACGGCUCGACUAAAACGACUUUAAAUAUUUACAAAAUAACGAGCGGACAAUUAAUGCAAAACUUGUCGAUAUGGAGGGGGGGGGUUUCACAUGGUAAUAUAAAUAUGAUGUAAUUGUGUACAAACAAUCGUCUUUUUGUGAGAUUGGCAACUUCAAGGUCCCAUCUCCUUAGAAAAUAGGUUGCACUUUCUCGCUUUGCCUUAUAUGUGUGUAGAUUUAAUUUGUCGGCGACGUAAUAUGUUUCAUAACGAGGUCAAAAUGGACUUUUAUUGAAAACUGAUCCGAAUUUGUUAAGUUUGAGAUGACACAAGACUGAAUAAUGAGACAGGAAACGCUAGAAAUAGUCCUUCGCAUCCGACUGAAAGAGUUUUAUAAAAAGACCCAUUCAUUAUGUAGAAAGAUGAAGCUACAAAUACUGUUUUAUAAUUCGUAUUGCCAGCUGCCGGCAAAUUAAAUUUAGAAUAAUCUAGACUGAAUUAAAGAAGUUACGUCAGUUUAAUUGACACCUGUCAGUCUUCAAUUGUUUACAAAAAUUACACCUCGUUAACAUUUUUGCAACCGCUGAUCGCUGACCUUCCACUUUAUCAAGUAUUGCACUAAUUUCCAAAAAUUCCAAUUUGGUAUUAUCAAAAUUACCGUUUAAUUUAAUUUCAAUCAUUACUGAUGGCAUCCGUAUUAAUAAUGUGUUAACUUACAAAUAAAUUUAGGUUAUGCGCCAAAGCAGGUGGUUUAGAUAAGCGAAGCGUUUGUGUCCUUACCUAGGUCAUCCAUGAUAACUAGCUGCCGUUCUAAUACUAAUUUUAAGUGAAAUUUGUAAACUACAUCACGAAUUAUGAGCACUUUUAAGGAAAAUGACCUUAUUUAGACAUUUUCGCAGAACCACAAAUGUCAAGAUAUAAAAUUCCAGACGGUCAGUGUGGGCAACCUUGAAAGAAGUAAACAACGAUCAAACAGCGGCUCUCAACAAGUUUUUGCAAAAUUUUGAAAAACGAAAUGUGGACUUUUACAGUUUAAGAACGUAUGAAUUAUCUUAACAAGUUGCUCUCUUUAUCUAUGACACGUUAUAACAACGUAGUGGAAAUUACUUUGAAUUAUGAUAAAAGUCAGUGAGGACCUUAAAAAAUGUGUUAAUAAUUUAUGAUUAAUAUAAAGGUAAUAUUAGAUUAAAACACUGAAAAUCUUUAACAUAAAUAAAAAAUUGGUUUUAUUGCUAUCGUUUUUUUUAUUUAUUUUUGUCAUCAUCAAUGGUGAAGUCCCUUGUCUGUAAACCCCAAAGUCCCAGAGAUAAAAAUAUUCAAAUCAUAGACCCCACAGGUCAUCGUUUAUAAAUGCAGAAAUUCGCGGAGGUUACUUUCGUGUUGUUCCAUUAAAGGACGUGCAUAUUAAAUAAACAAUAAAUGAAUUAAAUUUUGCACACAAGGCAACAGUUAAAUAUGGAAGGAAAGUUCGUGCUUAUUUUUGCAAUUUUGCACCAAAUUCUCGCUCGAACAGAGUCAAAUCUGCCGACAGUAUGCCCCGAAAUUGUGAGUCGAACUAGAUGGGGGGCACGCACUCCUUUGGAAAUCGAUUACGCCCUGAUCCCCGUUGAAAAUGUGGUCGUCCAUCACACUGUGACCAAUACUUGUAGCACAGAAGACGAAUGUGCGGCAAUUUUGCGAAACAUUCAAAAUUUCCACAUGGAAAACUUGGAUUUCCACGAUAUUGGAUACAAUUUUUUAGUGGGUGGUGAUGGUCAGAUUUACGAAGGUGCAGGCUGGCACAAAGUGGGGGCUCACACACGUGGUUACAACACUCGAUCCUUGGGCCUCGGAUUCAUUGGUACUUACACGACUCAACUUCCAAAUAACAAGCAAAUACAAGCCGUUAAAGAUUUUCUUCAGUGUGGUGUUGAAUUGGGAGAGUUGGGCAAAAAUUUUAAAUUGUUUGGGGCGCGUCAAGUUAGUUCUACUGAAAGUCCGGGCCUGAGACUCUACCGUGAAUUACAAAACUGGCCUCACUUUACCAGAUCUCCUCCUAAAUAAACUGUAUUAUAUUUAUUAAUUGUAUUUUUAAAGUGUUUUAAUAAAAUUAAAAAAAAAUCUGA